AUGCCCUUACCCUUUGAAUUCGAGGGGAAGGGGGUGGUGUGGUUGGAGAACCAGCAAGAAGACGCACAGUUUCUUGUACCUUAUGCAAAUCCACUUGUACAUUUUCAGAAUUUGGUAAACAAGAAGAGGAAGUACUACUUCAACGAGCCAAGGUCUGUCCUGGAUAACAUCACCACCAGUCCAAGUCCUCCUGCUUCGACAUCAACCCUGUCUUCUUCUCACGGCGGUGCUGAAACAGCCGGGGUGGCGGCGCUUUCUUCCAAAUGGCCACCGCCGGAAAAUCAAGAAACCAGCACCUCCAAUGUGGGAGGAGUUCUUGACCUCCACCACUUUCAACAACUGCCUCUUGAAGAGAAAUGUGGCGGAAUGGAGGACUGGGAGAACGGAGACUCCAGCCAAGACCAGGCCAUGCUCCGGUGGAUCAUGGGUGAUGUGGAAGACCCAUCUAUGGGUUUAAACAAAAUGCUUCAUGGAAACCCCGGUGGUGACUUCGAGUUUAACGGUGGGUUUGGUGUUGUAGAUCAAGGUUGUAUAGGUCUCGAUUCCGGCAACCCAGUUGUCAGCCAAAUCGGAAACUUAUCCUCAAACCCUCAACUUCCACCAUCUCCGACGCCGGCCAUGUUCAACAACAACCACCAUCAUCAUCAAAAUCAAAUCUUUUCACCGUUAAACGAAACCCAGAUGCUCCCAUUUGAUGUAAAACCAAAUCUUUUCAACCCACAAUUGCCAUUUGAACACCUGAUGCCACCGCAACCCAAAAGGCACAACCCAGGAAGCAUAGAGUACAACCCUUCAAUGCACACGAACCCGUUUCUUGAUUCGGGUCCAACUCCGAACCCACUUCAAUUGCUUCAAAAAUCUUCAUCAAUGAAGAAAAUGGUAGCCAUUAAUCAUCAUCAUCAGCAGCAUCAGCAAGGGAUCAUUGACCAGCUUUUCAAAGCAGCAGAUUUGAUCCAAUCCGGGAACAAUCCGAUACUCGCGCAAGGGAUAUUGGCGCGGCUCAAUCAUCAGCUUUCACCAGUCGGUAAGCCUUUCGAAAGGGCAGCUUUUUAUUUCAAAGAAGCUCUUCAAUUACUCACACACUCGAUACUCAACAAUAUUAAUCCCCAAACUACCCCUACCGCUUCACCUUUUAGUUUAAUCUUCAAGAUCGGUGCUUACAAAUCAUUCUCAGAGAUCUCCCCUUUCAUUCAGUUCGCUAAUUUCACUUGUAAUCAAGCAUUACUUGAAUCACUUAAUGGGUUUGAUCAGAUUCACAUCAUCGAUUUCGAUAUUGGUUAUGGAGGUCAAUGGGCUUCACUUAUGCAAGAGCUUGCUUUACGUAACAAUGGCGUUUCCUCGUUAAAAAUCACAGCUUUUGCUUCACCUUCAAGCCACGACCAGCUGGAAUUAGGGUUAACCCGAGAGAAUUUGAUCCAUUUCGCUAGUGAAAUCAACGUUGGAUUUGACUUUGAGAUUGUUAACAUCGACGUUCUUGCUUCUUCUUCAUGGUCGUUACCCUUUCAUGUAUCUGACAACGAAGCCAUUGCUGUGAACCUACCAAUUCAUGUCUUCUCAAAUCACCAAACCCAAAUCCCUUCAGUUCUCCGAUUCGUGAAAAAUCUAUCUCCCAAAAUCGUUGUAUCUGUUGACCGAGGGUGCGAUAGAACCGAUUUACCAUUUUCUAAUCACUUGAUUCACGCCCUUCAAUCGUAUUCAAACCUGCUUGAAUCCCUCGACGCUGGGAACAUGACCCACGACUUGUUGCAGAAAAUCGAGCGGUUCUUGAUUCAACCAGCUAUUGAAAAGAUCGUUUUGGGUCGGUUUCUUUUCCCUGAAAAGACUCAGCAUUGGCGAAAUCUGUUCUUAUCUGCUGGUUUUUCGCCAUUGAUGUUCAGUAAUUUUACAGAAAGUCAAGCAGAGUGUUUGGUGAAGAGGACUCCUGUUCGUGAAUUCCAUGUGGAGAAGAGACAAUCGUUGCUUGUGCUUUGCUGGCAACGUCGAGAGCUCGUGUCGGCUUCUGCUUGGAGGUGCUGA